GCCCGCGGAGGGGAGGCUGCAGAGCGAGGGCAGGAGGUGGGUGCGGCGCGGCGCGAGCGGAGACUCGGGGCGCAGAGACAGCCGAAAUAAAGAGCCCAUCCCUUGAACUCAGUGCGUCACACAUGAUCUCAUUCAACGCUCUUACCCUGUAGAGGCGGCACCGUAUCUAUUUACAGGACUACUUUCCAGCACCCCAGCCUCCUGCCAUGUCUGACCCCAUCACACUCAACGUUGGGGGGAAGCUCUAUACGACUUCACUGGCAACCUUGACCAGCUUCCCCGACUCCAUGCUGGGUGCCAUGUUCAGUGGAAAGAUGCCCACCAAGAGGGACAGCCAGGGCAACUGCUUCAUUGACCGUGAUGGCAAAGUGUUCCGCUACAUCCUCAACUUCCUGCGGACCUCCCACUUGGACUUGCCUGAGGACUUCCAGGAGAUGGGCCUGCUCCGAAGGGAGGCCGACUUCUACCAGGUGCAGCCCCUGAUUGAGGCACUGCAGGAGAAGGAGGUGGAGCUCUCCAAGGCUGAGAAGAAUGCCAUGCUCAAUAUCACCCUGAACCAGCGUGUGCAGACAGUCCACUUCACCGUGCGGGAGGCACCUCAGAUCUAUAGCCUCUCUUCCUCCAGCAUGGAGGUCUUCAAUGCCAACAUCUUCAGUACCUCUUGCCUCUUCCUCAAGCUCCUUGGCUCCAAGCUCUUCUAUUGCUCCAACGGUAAUCUCUCCUCCAUCACGAGCCACUUGCAGGAUCCCAACCACCUGACUCUGGACUGGGUGGCCAAUGUGGAGGGCCUGCCAGAGGAGGAGUACACCAAGCAGAACCUCAAGAGGCUCUGGGUGGUGCCAGCCAACAAGCAAAUCAACAGCUUCCAGGUCUUCGUGGAGGAGGUGCUGAAAAUUGCUCUGAGUGAUGGCUUCUGCAUCGAUUCUUCUCACCCACACGCUGUGGAUUUUAUGAACAAUAAGAUUAUUCGAUUAAUACGGUACAGGUAAAAGGACCCCAGGAACACUGAAGGAGGGGGCUUCCAAGAAGCUGCAUGUCAGCCAAGGUCCUGGAGAGUGUCUCACCGGUGGUGUGAGGCAGGGCGCUUUACUAAUCUGUAUUAACCGCAUAGCAGGACUUGAUUCCCCCCACAAUGCAGUCUACCUAUAGGAAUCCGUGUGUCCUCUCAACGGAGCUACCUUUUUCCUUGCCACUUUGAGCUACAGAUGGGCAGUUUGUCAUAAGUGAAGUGCCUGCCAGUGUGUCCUAAAGGAGGCCACAGGAGGGCUUUCUGGCUACAAAGGAAUGGCGAAUUUUCCACAGGCUCCAGCUCUCUCUGUACCACUAGGCAGUGCCUCACUUAGCCAUCUAUGAAAGGAGCCCCUGGUGGAGGGAAAGGGGUGAAAACAAGAAGCUUCCUUCAGUUUCCCAGGACCUAAAGUAACCAGAGAUCCCCACCCUACCUGCUCCUCUGUCCCUAGGAUGCAGCCGGGAUCUUGGACUUGUUUGCCCAGGGACAACCAUGUUUGGCUGGCGUGGAAAUGCAGUAUGAUUUCAGAGCUGCGUUUUGGGCCCCCACUGUGGUGGGGAGAGAUUUGAGCUGUGGCAUGGCCUAGAGGAGUGAGCAUCCAGGCAGGGUUCAGAAGAUGGGGAUAUCCCUCUGGACUGGGCCAAAUGUAGACAUGUGGGGAUUUUUCACUUCACAGGUGAGCUGCUGUCCCUGCGAAGAUUUUAAAGUACCUGGAGCCAGUGCAACAGAAGGCGUUUCAUAACGUGGACUGUUACAUGACUUCUGUAAUCCUUUCCCCAAGAAUUUGAAGUAUCAUUGAAAGAGGUCAUUUUAAAUAAUAUUAUGGACUCUCAGGGUUGGAAAGUAAUUUAGUGGUCGCUUAGCCCUUCCUGGCCCCCAGCACACCCCCGCCCAUUUGGGGCUAAGCACCUCUCCCCAGCACCUUCAAGUGAUCACAACCCUCCUUGCAUACUUCCAGCAACGGGAAGCUCAUCAACCCCAAGGCAGCCCCUGCCGUGGUUGGCCAGUGCUGUUAGAAAGCCCUUCCUUACAUUGAACCAAAAUCUGUUCUUCCACACCCAUUUUCUAGUCUUGGAUCUAGACCUUCUUUCUCACUCAGAGGUAUGUUCGUUUACUCUUUCACAAUAGUCACCUUAAAAGGCCAGACCCUUAUUCUGAAAAUAUUAUUACUCAAAUUAGGAUUCCCCCUGGGAUUUGUCCAGAACCAAGGUUAACCCCCUUCCCAUCCCUUGUAAGUCAGCCCCAUUUUGUGAUCACUUUGUUUUGUGACACCCAUUUCAUCCGCCUCCUCACCGUCUGUGGCUCCGCAUAGCUUUUGACCACCUCCUGUUGGAGGAUAAAGAUUUGUUGCCCCAAGAAAGUGUUGCCAGAGGAAGGAGGCCAGGAUAUGGCAGGGCGGAUUGCACCAAGGAGCCCUGGAGUUACCAUAACACUCCUCUCAGAGUAAGCGUCCAGGCACUGUGACAUUGCUCGGAAAGAAGUGGCCUUCUGCUGUGGUACAGUUUCUGGUCAUAACCAACCCGUGGACCUCCCUGGGAUAAGGUCCAGAGCAAGACACCCCAAGCCACCACUUUCCAAGGGGUGAUGAAUAGUGCAGACCUCAAAACUGCACAUUAUGAUUCAUCCCUGAAGUUUGGCCUUGGGAAUCUUCCCCAUUGGGUAGGGGCUCUUGGACAAAACCAGGGAAGCCUAGUGACACAGGCACCCACAGGAGAUGGGCUGAGGAAGGGACUUCCUAUAAUUACACCCUGGGAACAAGGAGCUUGUAUGCUGGGCUGUGGGCAAGGCUGCAUCCGUUAGGUAAUAAAGGCCUUUUCCCCCUACAGUGGGACCCAGGAGUCUCUGACAGCUGUCCCAGGUCACCAGACCAAUAGUACUCGGGAAGGUCACUCAGGAGAACCCAGGUUAGAACAGACAUAGCAGAAGCUGUGACCACAAUAAAACAGUUUAUCACCACUGCCCUUUCCCUUCUCCAUAAAAAGUAUCUUUCUCCAUCUUCUUGGUGCUUCUUAAUUCAAACAGCUUGACGUUAGAGAAAGUAAAGGACUUGUGAAGCCACUAAUGUGCUGUGUGACUGUGAAGUCGCCCACCUCACUGAGCCAUCUCCAUUUCUUCAUCUGUGAAAUGGGCAUAACAGUAAUACAUAACCCUACCUACCUCACAGGGCUGUUGUGAGGAUCAAAUGAAAUAAUGUACGUGAGAAUACAGUAUAAAUGAUCAUCAGUGUUACUA